CUACCAGAUUUGUCCAAUAAAUAGUUAACGGAAAACUUUGUUUUGACACACGUGUGAUAGAUCUGUACUGUAAACAAUUUGUUCGUUUCUUUUCAACGUAAAUAAGUAAAACAGGCUUACUUUUCAACAUCAGACAAUCUCAAAAUCAGAAGCAUAAAGAUGGCUGACAUCGUAAAAAUUGAAAACUUGAAUGUCUCAGACAGUCCUUUUAGGAAGUGGCAACGCCCAGAUCUGCCUAGCAAAUGUACAUUUCAUCAGGCCAAGUCUAUGGAGGAGUCUCCACAUAUACAUGCUGAAGUAACACCAAGACCUAAGAUUCUACCAAAUAUUUUACAUCAGAUUGGCAACACACCUCUGGUCAAACUCAACAACAUUCCAAAGAAAGAAGGGCUACAAUGUGAUAUAUUGGCCAAAUGUGAGUUUUUCAACCCAGGAGGCAGUGUGAAAGAUAGAAUUGGUUAUAGAAUGGUUGAAGAUGCUGAGAAGAUGGGUAUUCUCAAACAGGGAGAUGUUCUUAUAGAACCAACAUCAGGAAAUACAGGUAUUGGACUAGCAAUGGCCGCUGCAGUUAAAGGUUACAGAUGUAUUAUUGUUAUGCCAGAGAAAAUGAGUAGAGAAAAGGUUGAUGUUCUACGAGCCUUUGGAGCUGAGAUAGUGAGAACUCCUACAUCUGCAGCUUUUGAUUCACCAGAAUCUCACAUUGGUGUGGCUAAACGUUUGAUGGAAGAGAUUCCAAACUCUCAUAUUCUUGACCAGUACAGAAAUGCUAGUAACCCUAUAGCUCAUUUUGAUGGAACGGCACAAGAAAUACUGAAUUCAUGUGAUGGGAAUGUAGACAUGGUAGUACUAGGGGCUGGAACAGGAGGGACACUGACAGGAAUUGCAAGAAAAAUUAAACUGAAAUGUCCAAAAUGUAAAAUCAUUGGUGUUGAUCCAGAAGGUUCUAUUAUUGCUGAACCAGAACAGUUGAAUAAAACCGAUGUGACAGGUUACGAAGUUGAGGGAACCGGAUAUGACUUUAUACCAACAGUUUGUGAUAGAUCGCAAGUGGACAAGUGGUACAAAUCAUUGGAUAAAGAUUCAUUUAUUAUGUCCAGACGAUUAAUCAGAGAGGAGGGACUACUUUGUGGUGGCAGUUCUGGGGCAACAAUGUAUUGUGCCUUAAAAGCAGCCAAAGAUUUUGGACUGAAAGAAGGACAAAGAUGUGUUGUAAUUUUAGCAGAUUCUGUCAGAAAUUAUAUGACCAAAUUUCUGAGUGAUGACUGGAUGAGCCAGAGAGAUUUCCUACAGAUUGAUAACCAGGUCCCAUCUGCUGAUGAAUGGUGGUGGAAUCUACCAGUGAGUAGUUUAUCUCUAAGAGCUCCACUGACUGUGACACCAACUGUUACCAUACAGGAAACAUUAGAGCUACUUAACAAGGAAGGGUUUGACCAAGUACCAGUAGUAAAUGAAGCUGGAUUGAUUCUUGGUAUGUUGACUGUGGGUAACAUGAUGUCACAGGUUGUCAGGUCAAAGGUUAAACCAUCAGACCAUGUCAGUGCUGUUAUGUAUAAACAGUUUAAGAAAGUACAGAUGGGUACCACUCUUGGUCAGAUAUCAAGGAUGUUAGACACUGACCAUUUUGUUGUAGUAGUCCAUGACCAGAGACAAUAUGAAGGCCAGAGUUUGAUGUCCAAGAAGCAAAUGAUUUUUGGCCUUGCUACAAGGAUUGACCUUUUGAACUUUAUAACCAAACAACAUCCAUCAUAAUUGAAUUGGUGUGACUAUCAGCUAGAGCAGUGAUGUGAAAGUGCUAUUAUCUUUGAACUUAAAUUUUUAAUUUGUUAAAAUAGUUUCGGCUAUGUCACAGUAUGUGCAUACAAGUGCACUUUAGUUAUUACAUUCCUAGCAUAAUAGUUUAUAUUUAUUUUAAAAGUUGCACAAUUUAUAUAAUUGAAUUAAAAAAUGAAAAAAAAUGUAAGUUCUUUAAUCAUAUUAGAUAUCUGUAUAACUGUUUUUCUGGGACCAAUUUUAAUUCAAAGCAGAAUUCAAUGCAGAUUACAUAAACGAAAUUUUAAUUGGGAUGUAGAUUUUGAAAUUUGAAAGUUGAAAUUUAUUAAAAGAACUGAUUCAUCUGCAAUUUAUCUGUGGGAAAUAAAUUGAUGACAUGUGGGAGAUUUUAUGAUAUACAUGCAUGUGUGUGGAUGAUAUAACAAGUAUUGCUCCUAAAACAGUAAUUUAAAUACCUUAGGUUGUAUUUUAUAAAACAAAUUGAAAAAAAUAUGUUAAUAAAUGCAAUAAAGUUAUUAUAUUUUUUUGGUUCUACAUAGUAUAAGUGAUAAUUGACUUGUAUUCUCAUAAUGAUUGAACUUUUUAAUUGGUAAUGUCUGUUUGUAUUAUCACAAUGAAAUAUUGCCAACACUAACUACACCAACACAGAGGCAAAUAAAAGACAUUCUAUAUAGUGCUUUGAAAAUUUUACAUUUUGUGAUUAUCAGGACCAAACUUUUUCACAAGACUAAAUUGACACUUUUCUUGUCUUGUAUUUGAUCCUUUCUUAGAUUUUUUAUUGACAUACAGUCAAUUUAUUGUUUUUAUUAAUAAGAAUAAUUUGCCUCUGUAUGUAUUUU